UCCAGCAAACCCCGCGGCUGGAAGAUGUGGCAGCCAGCCACAGAGCGCCUGCAGCACUUUCAGACCAUGCUGAAAUCUAAACUGAAUGUCCUCACGCUGAAGAAGGAACCUCUCCCAGCCGUCAUCUUCCAUGAACCCGAGGCCAUUGAACUGUGCACCACCACACCUCUGAUGAAGACACGAGCCCACAGUGGCUGCAAGGUUACCUAUCUGGGUAAAGUUUCCACUACAAGCAUGCAGUUUCUAUCUGGCUGCACAGAAAAGCCAGUGAUUGAACUCUGGAAGAAGCACACACUAGCCCGAGAAGACAUCUUCCCAGCCAAUGCUCUCCUGGAAAUCCGUCCCUUCCAAGUGUGGCUCCAUCAUCUCGACCACAAAGGUGAGGCCACCGUUCACAUGGAUACCUUCCAGGUGGCUCGCAUUGCCUACUGCACCGCCGACCACACCGUAAGCCCCAACAUCUUCGCUUGGGUGUACAGGGAGAUCAACGACGAUCUGUCAUACCAGAUGGACUGCCAUGCUGUCGAGUGUGAGAGCAAGCUCGAGGCCAAGAAGCUAGCCCAUGCCAUGAUGGAAGCCUUCAAGAAGACUUUCCAUAGUAUGAAGAGUGAUGGCCGGAUUCACAGGAAUAGCUCCUCUGAAGAGGUAUCCCAGGAAUUGGAAUCUGAUGAUGGCUGAAUGAACUUAGGGUGCUUCCGCAGAGGCAGCAAGGGUCAAGGAAUUCAAGAUGAUAGAUGACUAAUCAGUGAUUCAAAUUUGGGAUGAAAAGACUGCCAGACUCUUGGCCAACCUUGCUUUUUCAAUUCAGAAGAGCAAUUCUAAAUCUAAAGAAAUGUAUCAUUAAAGUAAUUGCAUUGUAUUGGAAUCUGCUGCUGCUGAGACUGUGAGGCGGGUGGGCUUGUGGAUGGGGAGGGAGGGUCUAGACUCUCUUCGUCUUCUUCUUUUUCCUUGGUUCCCAAGGCCUCCCUGUGGGAGAUCUCUACACUGACUUUCACCACUCUCAGGCAAACACUCUGCGGCUGUCAUUUGAUGAAUCGCUCCAAUUUGCCUUAUGACGAAAUCCAACAAGAAUGUUAGCUGCACC